CUCGGAUUAGUACACAACGCUCAGCUGUUGGAGCAAUAUUUAUACGAUAUACAAAUUUCUCAGGAACACGAAUUUUUUUUUAGAUUUACUUAGACGCAUUUAAUCGCAGUGAUUUAGAGUCUGUUGAAUUGUGUUGUUUUCGGCAAAUUCCUUUGUUCUGAGUCGUACAAAAUCAAUCGUUAAUCUUUGUUUUGGCCUGUAACUGGGGUGAAGAAAAUGCCUAUCGAGGUAGCUGCACUUGGGCAGCCUGCUCAUACAGCCCACAAAGUUUUUCAUGGAGAAGCCAAGAAGAUGCAUAAGCUCUGCCGUCAGUUGUCAAUUGAGAGCCCAAGUGUAACGGGACGCGACUGCGUCUUCAGUUUUGAUGUCCCAGUUCCAGAUGUGCCAAGCCAAGGUGCUAGAAUACGCGUAGUAUGCGCUGGUGCCUGCUACCACCCCAAACGCUCCCCAAGCCUCACAAGUCUGACAUCAGUAUCGAGUGCAAGCAGUUUGGCAACUGAAGCAUCUCUGGAGGGUGAUUUCCCAGUUACCCUACCACAUCAUGGAGUUCGAGACGCAUCUCUAUUCCCCGGCUAUGAAGUGGCUGGUAUUGUUGAGUCACUUGGCUCUGGACUGAAUGAGGACUGCGGAUUUACUGUUGGCGAUCGUGUUAUACUUUACCCCUACGAGGGAAUACCGAAUGGCUAUGUGGAGUAUCUCGUCGUUCAUGAUCUCAAAUACCUCAUUAAAAUACCAGAUAAUGUAUCACUGAGUGUCGCUGCAAUGCUGCCCGCUGGUGCUCUACUCGCUAUGAACACUGUCUUCGCAGCGCACGAACACGUACAGCAACUUGUGAAGGAGCGUGGUGAGAACAGUGUGUGCAAGAUUCUCAUCGUUGGUACCGGUGGAUUAGCUCUCUGGGCCCUGAGAAUUGCUGCCUAUCAUUUCACAAACAUGCGAGACAAAGUCACAAUAACCAUAGCCUCCUUGAAAGACGAUGGAUUAAAAAUGGCGCAAGAAUUUCAACGUAAAAAUAUGAUUCCCAGGGUGAAUGUAGUCGAGUGGAACGAGGGCCUCUACGAGAAACAACUGAUUGAACGCACAAUGGAUGCAUGUCGAGGUCAGGUAGACGUUGUCAUUGACUUCGGUACAACAUCAAGAAGCCUUCAUCGCAGUAUGCAAUGCCUAAGUAAAGGUGGAGUUGUUUUUGUGAUGAAAGAAGUGGCUGAUCGUUUAUUACCGAAAUUCAGUAGGCGGGCGGAGGAGCGCCAAAUAAGUAUAAAAUCUGUGGAGCUUGGUACACUGGAGCAAUUGACCGAGCUUGUACAAUUAGUUGGAUCCGGUGAAAUAGAACCACCACCCCAUACUGUUUAUCCAGCUGAAGAGGCAAUGGAUGUUGUUCAUAAACUGUGUCAUUCACAAAUUCAAGGAAGAGCCAUACUUCGUUUUUACCCCGCGGAUUAGGCGUUACGAUCAAGGUUGAAAGCCUCUGAGGACAUCAGUUAUCACUGAUUAUUGAUGAUUCUCGAUGAUCGGCGCAUCGAAAUUCAUCCGCAGAGAGUAUAUUAUGGAGUGAAGACGAAUUGAUGAUUUCGUUUUUGGAUGAACAAUGUCGAGUUUGAGAUAUUGAAAGAAAAACAGACUUAUUUGACAGAGAUUAACCAUAUAAUUAAUAUGAGUAUGUAGGAUGAUAGUUCAGUCUAAUUAUCAUGAUGAACGCAUACACAGUUCGAUAUUAAUAAUGCGUAUUUACGUGAAUUUUUAAGAUUAUUGCAACGAAGUGGUGAAAGCAUUUCAUGAAUACUGUGAGAAUGCAAACAAUUAGAGGGAAAAUAUCCGAAGAACAGUUUAGUUCGUGAAAUUAUAAAUAACAAAACACUUUCUCUGAAAGAUUUUUUCAAAAAACAUGAAAUUGUCCUUCACCACUUCGCAAUUUAUCUGAGGGCAAAUGAACGUAGUGGGAUAUGUCCUAUAAAAUUACAAUAUGUUUUGGAUAUUAAUUACUGUUGAAAGGUCUGGUUAACUUGGCGUGGGUUUAUAAAAACUCGAAACAAUGUUGAGGUAGAAGAACUAUUAUUUUGCAUGAUGAAACAGUUCAGAAUUGAAAUUCAGUGAAGGCUCGAGUGCGCCUUAAAAAUCAUAAGCCUUGUUAAAAAUCCUAGAUCAGUAUUGCUGUAUUAAACUUUUUUAAGACUGUAAGUUUUGUUCAGGAGAUGGUCAUGUUUCUUUUUAUUCAUUUUAAAUGUAAUAAGUCGAAGUUAACUUGUAACGCACCGCAUCGUAAUUUUCAUCGUAAUGGCCAAUGUCAUAACAGUGAUGUAUUAUACGAUAAAUCUUCGUAAUAUAAUCGAUAUGUUUUUACUUAAA